AUGAUUGCCGAGACGAUCUCGUUGUCGUCGGUACCGCCGACAUGCGCCUAUUCGAUCCGGAAGGAUUCUCCCGAUGGUCCCAUCGUAAAGGAUGCAUUCGUCGGCCAAACUGUAUAUCAUCGAUGGGAAUGUGAUGGAGGAGAAGAGGCUAACAACGUCUACGGUAUUCAAAUUCAUAGUUGUUACGCCAGUGACGAUGUCGAAAAGAGAUUCCCGAUUGUAGACAAUCGAGGCUGCUCUUCCGAUUUGGCACUAUUGUCCGAUCCGCGAUACUCGGACGACAGCCUUACUGCCUUCGCUGAAAGUAAAGUCUUUUCCUUCACUGAAGCAGAUCAGCUCAAAUUUGUCUGCAAACUGAGCCUGUGCACAAGGGAUGGAGACGGUUGUGAAGGUGUUACGCCUCCAGCCUGCAGUGGAAAUUCUCCUGAACAGUUGGUGACGCGGCGAGUACGUAAUCAGAGCCCCGCCAUGGAAGGAGCCCUGAGCUCCGCCCUGUCCACAAGAGUGGGUGUGGCUUCGAGCAUGCCACCCACGUUUAAAAGUCGCGUCUCUGAUUUGAUGUCAUCCGGAGGCUCGUGGAUAGUUUUAGCUUUACUCGCAGUGAUAGCCACCAUUGGAACCGUUGUGCUCGCCCGAUACGCCCUCUUGACUACAGAUGCCUCGACAACUUGUUCGGUGACAGAGACGGUGACUUCUCCACCUACAUCACCGUUUCCGUCACUCUUCGCAUCACCUACACCUCCCACUUCGCCCAUCCCACGAGUGGAUUCUCCACCAACGUCUUCCAUCUCUUCGCCUACUCCAGCGAUCCGGGAAGAAUUUGUUACCUCCACCAUAAAUGAAGAAGAGCCUGUACAAGGAGACACUGCUCAGUCUCCCAUUGAAGUUCCACCCGCACCUUCAGAACCGGUCACUUCACCGUCAUCAGCCGAUCGACGACCGUCGCGAGCAGAGAUGAACCAACGAUUAGCCGAGUUUCUCAAAGACUUUGAUAGGUCUAAAUAUGUCUAA